AUGGAUAUCUACUCCUCCAAAUUGUCACCAGCGCUAGACAUCGGUGCCGGCUUUUAUCUGCUAGUAUUAGCUGUGCUCUCCAUUGUGGGGAACCUGUUGGUCCUCAUCAUGGCAUUCAAAAGGUCAUCGAGCAUGAAACCUCCUGAGCUGCUGAGUGUGAAUCUGGCCGUGACAGACCUGGGAGCAGCUGUCACCAUGUACCCUCUGGCUAUGGCCUCUGCCUGGAGCCACCACUGGCUUGGGGGAGAUGCUACGUGUGUUUACUAUGGCCUGGUGGGAUUCUUUUUCGGUGUGGCCAGCAUCAUGAACCUGACAGUCAUGGCCAUAGUACGCCUCUUUGUCUCCCUCAAUCUGCAGUCUACCAAAGACAAAAUCAGUUGGAAGAAGGUGAAGCUGCUGUGCUUGUGGACGUGGAUGUAUGCGCUCCUCUGGGCUCUGUUCCCCAUACUGGGAUGGGGCAGGUACGGCCCGGAGCCUUUUGGCCUGUCCUGCUCACUGGCCUGGGGAGAUAUGAAAGAUGAGGGCUUCUCUUUCGUCAUCUCCAUGUUCUCCUUCAACCUGCUCAUGCCUUCUGUGAUCAUCAUCUGCUGCUACUUCGGCAUUGCUAUCAAGCUCUAUUGCACCUACAAAAAGUCAAUCACCAACAGCAAGCAGGUGCCCAACAUUGUGAAGCUCCAUCGCAGGCUGUUGAUAAUUGCUGUUUUGAUCAGUGUAGGCUUCAUUGGCUGCUGGGCCCCUUAUGGUCUGGUAAGUCUAUGGUCCAUUUAUCAUGACAGCAGUACUUUCCCCCCUGAGGUCAGCCUCCUGCCCUGCAUGUUUGCAAAGAGCUCCACUGUAUACAAUCCCCUGAUCUACUACAUCUUCAGCAAGAGCUUCAAAAGAGAGGUGAGGCAGCUAGGCUGGCUAUGCAGAGGCUCUAACGCCUGCCACGCCUCCAAUAGCAUCAACGACAAUGGCAUCUACAUGGUCACUCUCGAAACCAAGUCCCAAGUAGCCCGGUCUACAUUCCAGAAAGAAUGA